GUUACGACAAACUCGAUGUGGGCGAGCUGUGAUUAUUAUUGUGUUAGUUUAAGCGUAGCCUACACACUCCAUCAGAAAGUAUAAAACAUAGAGUGAUUAUGAGCGGCUUUUAGACGUGACAACUUGGUCAGCUUCUACAGGAAAGAAUCUAAAGAAGCUUCCGUUCUUGGAAAAAAAAAAAUAGGCCAGGGAAUGGCGAAAGAGCUGAAGUUAAAGAGCCCGGCUGGGGGUGAUUCGUUGGUGUAUACAUGGCCGCUAAACAAGGAUGGAAGAGAUGACGCUUCAGAGAUCGUCGAAGCAAUAAGAUGGGUGUGCGAAGAUUUUCCCGAGCUCAAACUAGCCGUUGAAAAUUAUGUUCUAAGCAGCUUCGAUCCUGAAAGCUAUGAGAGUAUGUCGAAACUCUGCGAGCGAUACAACAGAGCGAUCGAUGGUAUUUUACAAUUGUGGAAGGGAAGGGCUCCGCCACCUUGUAUAGGUAUCCCACCCUCUACUGAUCUACUCCGCCACAUCAUACAGACAGUCUAUGCAAAGGCUGUCCGCGACCCAGAGAAGCUGAACUCCUAUGAACCAUUCUCACCAGAGGUGUAUGGGGAGACGUCAUUUGACUUGGUGGCUCAGAUGAUAAGGGAAGUGCCUAUGGGAAGAGAAAAGACAUUUAUAGACUUAGGAAGCGGGGUUGGUCAAGUGAUUCUUCAGGUGGCUGCUUCAGGGAAUGUCAAGGAGUGCUUUGGGGUAGAAAAAGCUGAUACACCUGCUAGAUAUGCAAAGGAGAUGGACAGAUGUUUUAGAAAAUGGAUGCAUUGGUUUGGCAAGACCUACAAGCCAUUCACAUUGGUAAAGGGAGACUUUCUAGAUGAGAAAAUGAGAGAGAGACUUACCACAACAGACAUUAUUUUUGUAAAUAAUUUUGCCUUUGGUCCCUCUGUGGACCAUCAACUGAAAGAAAGAUUUUCAACUAUGAAAGAUGGAAGUAUGAUUAUAUCCUCUAAGGCUUUUUGUCCACUGAACUUUAGAACUACAACUAGAAACCUUUCAGAUAUUGGUACCAUCUUGCAUGUUACUGAGCUGAAACCUUUAGCUCGUGCUGUGUCUUGGACAGGGAAAUCUGUCUCAUACUAUGUGCAUGUCGUAGAUAGGAGCUUGCUGGAAACAUUUUUUGCGGACCAGAAAAGAAGAAAGGAGGGUAAGGACUUCAGUGAUGUCAGCAGCCUAAGUGAAUCGGCAACAAGCCGAGCUAACCUGGACGACCUUGACGAUGUAAUGAUGGGCGUGUCCACGCGGCAACAAUGGAGUCAGCUCAUCAAACAGAUUGAGUCUACCAACAGUUUUAAUGUAGAGAGGGCUCGUGAACAGGCCAAGAUGGACAGGAAAGUGAAAGGAAAGAUGCCAGAAAAGGAAAAUGGAGGGGACAUCCUUAGUAAACUACAAGGAUCCCGACCAAGUGCAGCUCAAAAGGUACGGAGGAAGUACAAGCAACAGCAAAAGACAAAGCAGAAGUUCAAGAACAAGAAAGACCGCCCUAAAGGUGGAAGGGUCACAAAGAAGGCCAUUAAGCCUUCUCUCACCAGGUUGAAAGACAAGAAAGUAAGGAGCAAGCCUAAGGUUUCUGCCGCUGCAGCACUUGAAGCAGCAACAAGAAGUGCACUUCAGAACCUGACUCCAAAGUUGCCAUCAGAAAAUGGUCUGCGGCUGCUGUCUGCCACUCCACCGCCUGUCUCAAACUUGUACCGUGCUCAACCAGGAGAUUGGCAAAAACAACAUAAGGAUCUUCCAGGAUUAUACAACCUAUUAGAAAUGUUCCGUCAGCAGUAUAUCCAAUUUUUCAACCACAUGCUUACACCUUCCUAUACUGAGAGUAUCAAGCUGCAGAUUGAACAUGAAGAGAAAAGGAAAAAAGAUUUUCUGAGUAAAAUAAGUCAAAUGGAAGUUCAGAUUGUUGGCCUGCAGAAAGACGCACUUGGAUCAUUGGCUAAAAGAAUGGAUGAGAUUGGUCUUGGGGUUACCACUCCACGAGAACUGCUGAUCAAAGCAGGAGAGCUACUGACCCAGCACAAGAAACUGAAGGAAAAAGUCAAGAGACUGGAGAAGGAUGUUAAAGGUCUAGAGCGCAACAAUAACAACAAUAUAAACAACAACAACAACAACAACAACAACAUUGUCAAGACACAGUUGCCUCCAGAGGAAAUAUCAAAGCAAGACAAACCUGUAAAUGGAGAAUUCACUCAAACUGUUGCCCAUCCGCCGCAAGCCAGCAUCAAAAUGCAGAAGGUGCUAAUGAACAGUAUCCACGAGGCUUGGGUACAGCGCAAGACCCUGAUGGAGAAAAUUAACCACAUGGAGAGCGAGCUGGGAGGGACAACGCCUGGCACGGAGCCCAGUAGCCAUGCUACAGGUAGAGGGGUACCUUGCACUUUAGAUGCACCUUCUGAGAAGAUCCAUGGCAUAAAUGCCAAGUUGACAUUCUCAGGAUCUAGUCUGCCCCAGCACAAGGCACAUGAUAGCACUUUACCACAGUUACCUGGUAGAUAUGGCACAGUAGCAUCUUUUGCACAGAAAGCUUUGUCACACAUUACUCCAUUAAGCCCUGAUAAUCACAUUCCCCAAAAGACUAAUGGGGGAUUUUCAGGGUCUCAAAAGCGAAAUCAGAAACCCACGUACCACACUACAAUUGGUGGAGCUGAGAAAGUGCAAACUUGGUCACUAAAUAUGGCAGCACUCGCCCAUCCGGGAAUUCAUUGUCUAAAACCCCAGAACUGUUUCCUUACAGACUCUACCAACAGUAGAGGAGUGAGUGGGUCAGAGCCAGAAAAGGCCGAGCAGUCAAGAGAACAACCGCAGUAUGGAACGUCUGGGAUUCAGCUCCUCUGUGACCUGUUGAAUGGGACACUCCCAGAGCAGCCAUUGUCGACCACUGCUGCACUCCCUCACCCUGUUAGCACUCCUAUGUCCCUCUCAACACCGCCCUCUGCUUCUUCAACCCUUAGUAGCACCCAGGAACGGGUGAAUCAUCAGGCACAAGCACAGCUGUCAGCUUCUUUGGUGCCUGUGCAAGCUCACCAGACCUCUGCCAAGACUGUAGAUCAGACUGCCAUUGGCAGUAACAAGAGGCCUGGUAAACGUACAUCCCCAGCCACUGGACAUGGAAAGUCUUCACCAGCGAAGAAGCGCUCUCCAAAACCUGUCAACUCCCCUGUUGACAAAUCCUCAAGGAGUUCACCCUUUAGUAUCAGUCACAUUGUGAGGACAAGUUCUCCCGAGUCUCAGCUUGCUGUUACUGCGAAGCCUACCCCAGUGAUAACCAGCGCUAGUCCCCCUCAGCUGGUAUCAAGUAAGAGGGACAGUCCAUCUACUGCUAAACCCAUCCCAAUCUUUCCCUCGGAAAUAGGUGCUCUAGACUCAGAUAGCAACAGGGCAGAGCUUCUUCUGCAUCUGUCUGGUAGCCGAGCAAGAGAGAGUCCGUCUAAGUUAAUGGCGGAUGCUUUGAGAAGUACCCCUGGGGCGACGCUUCCUGUGAUUCAUCACACACCUUCAAUGGCCAGAGAGAGCCCUGGAUCAAGAAAGAGCUCACUGCCUUCGAAUUUCAGUAUUGCACAUUUAACAAAGGACUUGAACAGUUCUUGUUCUCCUGUAGCAACCCAGUCACCACAACCAACACAUCACAGUCCUCCUGUCUCUCAAAUUUCAGCACUGGCUGGAUUAGAAUCGCAGGUGAAAAGCUACAAUGACCCACAGUGCCAGCCAAGAAGUCCACAUACUGUGAGCCAACCUCAGGAACAGGGCACAAGAAAGGCUGCUAAUUUCAGACUAACCUCCUCCUCCCCGGUCUUAUCAGGCCAGGAGACUCUGAGGGAUGCAAGUAGGCUUGCUACAAAUGACAGACCCAAUGUGGACAUCCCACCAUCUGUCACCAUGCCUGUAAGUGAGGGCGGAUACAUGGUCAUUGCGGAUAGCCCAUCAAUGGCCACCCCUAAGAAACGCGGACCUGGAAGGCCGAGAAAGUAUCCACCCAAAGAGAAACCAGCUAAGGUUGUCCCCCCUCCUGUGGAGGUGUCCCGAGAUGAGGUGUCCUCUGUCAUGUCACCCACUGGGAAGGUUGUUUCGUCAAGUGAUGUGCCUCCUAGAAAACACAGCCCACCGUGCGUGUCUCAGUCGAGCAGCUUGUCAGUGCCGGUGCAAGAGCCGAUUGUCGAUGGACAUGAUGUGGAGGUCAGCAGUCUUCUAUCCAAGGAACCCCUCCCGCAAUCUCCAUCCAUCUCUUCCUCUGAGCACAAGUGUGGUGUUGCAGAGGAUGCAGCCCCGACGCUUGUGGAUAGCAACCCAUGCUCUUCCCGAAGUCCAAUACGCAUGCCCGCCUCACCUUCAUCUCGGGGAGGGAGCGCACCUUUGCCGUCAUUUGAUGCCAUGUUUUCACCAACAAAACAGAAGUCAUUCCCUCCUGCUCCUGAUAGUGUACUACUAAAUGACUCUCCCAAAAACACCUCGCCCAACAACACCUCGCCCAACAACACCUCGCCCAACAACACCUCGAGCAAAAACAACUCCAGCAAUAGCACCUCACCUAAAGAAAAAUCUAAAAGGUCUCCUGUCACCAAAGCCUCCAAGCCGAGAGGUAAGAAGGUUGCAAACAAGAAGCAAGGAGCUCUACGCCUUCUCAUGCAGUACGACAGCGAUAGCGGAGCCUCUGCGGCGAGCCACGACAGCGACGCCAACUCCACCACCAGCACAAGUCCUGUCAGCUGCGGCUACAGCCCAGACCGGGUCAGCCCUCAAGGGAAACUCCUCUUGCCCAGCCCGGUCGGUGAGGGGAAAACCCUCAUCCCCAGUCCUCUCAUGCUCGCGCAGGCUCGCGAAGUUGUGUCGAACGGGGACAAUGGGAACAAACGGCGCAAGACACCCCCUGGAGGGAGUAAAAGGGCAAAGAAGAAGGACACUGGCUUGGAGCACAGCCAAGCGGCUUCGGCACAGGACAUGACUCAGAUCACUCCUGUUGAUGAGGCGAUCGCUCAACAAAGGACGCCCGCUAUGGAACCGCUGUACCAGGCCGCGGGCAUGCCUGGGUACCAGUACCCCACGAGCAUACAGUACACAGGCGGAUACAGCUACCCAUCGGCGCCACAGCUACCCCAGAACUAUGCGCAGUAUUAUGCGAACCCUGGGUACUACCACUGGGCAGGCAACUAUCCCAGCAUGCCUCCGAAUGCAUACCCGUACUAUAACUACCCCAACGGGGGAGGGGACAGUGGUAAUGGAUAUAGGUAGGGCUAGAAUACUUAUGUAGAUCAGCGACGCGCUUUUUUGAAAAUAGACGAGAAGGGGGUGGGGAUAGAGCUGUUUUAAAUCGCGCAGUGCACUUCAAUAUUUCUGGAGGGUAUUUUACUUAGUUGAUGGCUUCCUGGGGGGGAGGGUGGGGUGUGGGAUUGUUUGCCAUUGAUCGCUCUUUUUUAUUUUCUCGUUCGUCACACCCCAGUCAGAACGCAUUAAGAAAUGUCAUUCCCUGUAUCGCGGAAACAUCCGUGAGUAACCUUUGCUGUCCUUCAAAGCGGGAGAUAUUUCAUAAAUUUCUCUAUUUUUAAGGGCGUGGAGUCAGAAACGUACCGUAACAGCGCGUGUCGAUUCAUAUUUUUCCAUGUUUCGCUGGAAGGGAAGUUCAGAGGGAGGGGUUAAUGCCUAAAAUAUAGCCAAUGCUGUGACUAUCUACUGUAUAUACUGUAAAUGUAAUUGAAAAGAAAGAUGCAUCAUGCGUUAUCGAUGUCUUCAGAUAUUUUAUUAUUAAAAAUGUGAUAGAAUUAUCAUAAUUAGGCAAUAAGCAUCUGCCGCAAACAUUGAUAAUUAAGUAUAAUUAGUGAAUAAUCCAUAGGAAAUAAUGGAGUAUAUUUUACUUGACUGUGAUCAGUCAUAGCUCGGAUGGAUGGCUCGGAUCUUAACUGACUAAAUGAAGUAUGUGUCUCAACUCCUGAAUCGUGGGCGACCACACCCUUUCAAGGAAUGUCUAAUAAAAUGAUCCUAAUGCGGACUGAGUUGAACCUGAAUAAGGAUUUAAUAUGAAUAUCCGUGUUUCACUUCUGAUAAUUCUGAAGCAUGCGUUAUCGAUGUCUGUAACUUGCAUGUCAUACGUAAUGUAUUGUUUUACACUAUGCAUAUGUCCCAGUAAUGUGCACAUGGGUGUGCACUUGUAAGUGGUACACAUAUGCUUUCAGGAAGCGCCGCUUACUUUUGCUGCCAAACGUCUCGAUCUGCGCAUAAUAAAAAUUUUCAAAUGUU